AUGUUUGACCUGAAAUUAGUCAUAAAUACUAACAAGGACGGUUGGGGCCCUGACGAGACUGACCAGCAGACUGUGGCCACCUGUCUGGAUUCCAUAAACAAAUUCCCCUUUGAGCCCAGGCUUAAGCUCGACAAGCAGAUACACAUUUGCGAUUUUACCUACGGCACCUAUCAGAGAAACACCAGGGAAGGUAGCCGCGCCAAUAGAUUUAACACCAAUACCUACGACGAUGAGUUUCAGUUUCAGACUGUGGACAGCAGGACUGUGGUUAAGACGAGGCCUACCACUCACUACAAGAAGAAGGUUGUGUUGAAGCAGACGACCCAGGCCUUUAACCAGAAGGUCAUGGAGGAAGAGCAGCUGCAGUUCUCCAAGCAAAAACAAUAUCCCGAUCUCCGUCGUCAGAAGUAUCUGAUGAAGAACAGGUCGCUUAGACUGCCGGUUAGAUACCAGGCGCUGAACGAGUGGAGCGUGGAGCCGACGCCAACCUGGAACGUCGUGGCGGAGAUACCAUUUAACCUUCUCCUGAAGCAGGAGAUGAACAGCAACCUGGUUACCGUGGAGGACCUGUUCUGGAGAGGGAAGCUGGGCGUCUACGACAAAAAGAUGGACUACAUAACGUCGAAGACCGAAGUGACUCUGCAGCACCUCUCCAACUCGUUCGACUACUACUGGACGUCGACGCACGACGACGACUGCAUUGCAGAUGUGCUCCUGGAGACGUACAGAGCGUCGUCAAAGCCGAGCGAGGAGGCGGAGGGGCAGGAAGCCUCCGAAAAAAGCGACCCUGAGUCCCCUAAGGAAAAACAGUCUGGCAAUAUGCCACUGCAGGCAGGCUCAGCCAGUUACGACAAGGCAAUGAAGAUUGAAAAGGAGCUGCUGAAGUACGAUAAGAUUGUAUUGGCAGCAACAGAUCAGAUAUUGGCAGUGCUAAUGACCGCAGCACGUUCCAAAUACUCGUGGCACCUUAACAUAACGAAGAUCGAGAACCAGAUUAUAAUAGAUAAGGCGAACGGGUCGAUAGUGGACAUGCUCACGGUAAACGAAACGGCACCUGACCCUCCGCAACCAGACUGCGAAAUUAAGAUAAACAGGCCCGCGUCGCUGCGAUACGAGGCAGUAAAAGUGAACCAGAACCUGAGGCAGCAGGUGCUGAUCCCCGACGAGUUCGCAGAAACCUACGACGACCCGCCCUUCGUCGAGGAGUCGGACACGCCUGCGACGAUCGCCUACAGGUACAGGAAGUUCACGAUUCCAGGCUCGCAAAACGCGCAGAACUUUGAAAAACUGCCAAUCAUGGUCGUGACGCGCUGCGAAGUGCACGGAAAGCUGCCCGGAACGGACAACUACGCCUACGUCUGCGCCCUCAACGAGUGCCCGAACAAGAACAAUAAGAGCUGGAGGUCGCAGAUUGAGACACAGAAGGGAGCACUCCUGGCAAACGAGAUCAGAAACAACACGACGAAGCUGCAGAGGUUCGUGGCCUGCGCUAACAUGGCAGGCUGCUCAGUGUUCAAGCUGGCCUACGUGACCAGGAAAUCGCCCAUGGACGCGGAAAACCACUCGAUCAUAGGCGUACACACCCACACGACAGGCAACUUGGCGCUCCAGAUGGGAUUCAGUCUGAACAACGCCUGGGGGUCCAUCAAGUCCAUCGUUCAGCUCAUAAUAAGGAAGCCUGACGGCCAGUACGUGCUGCUUAAGGACCCGAUGAAGCCGAUAGUUAGACUGUAUUCCGUGUCGGACGAGGAGGAUUUGACGAAAAGUCCAAAGGUCCAAAUUCCUGCAGUUGGUAUGUGGAAGGCAACUGAUAGGGGUUUCCUAGUUGGCUUUCAACACAGUUUAAUGAAAGCCAGAAAUUUUAACCGGAAAUUAGGGUUUAUUUACAAUCCGUACGAUGUAAAUUUCCACUUCAGAUCUGUAAGGUCCCUAAGGAGGCCGAAUCCCAUUAACGGAUUGCUAUCCCGCAGAAAAAUCAUUAGGUUGAAUACGGUUGAAUCAAAUUCAGCUUUCGAUUUGACCCCAAAGCAUAAAGAUGAGGCGAUAUUAAAUUUUAAUAACGAAGGAGUGCAUUCUAUUCCCUUUUCACCGGACAAGAACGACUCCACUGUAGACUAUGAGCUUGAGCCCAGUUCUCAAAUUUUUGACUACAAUCUGCUCAGUAAGAGGGUUGAGCGGAUACUUCUGGAGAAUUUAAACGACAAGGAUGCUAAAAACCAACUAUGUGCACUCAAUUGUCUGAACUUGUUCGCUAGUUUCGGGAACUUUGUAGAUAGCUUGCUCAAAGCAGGUCUUUUGUCGAACCUUCUGGGUGUGCUGGAGAAACCGUACAAAAAGAACAUUUGGAAACUGGUGAACACGUACAUCUGGCCGAACAAACCGCCUCAGGCCUCUGAGCUGUUUUCUGUGCAGGAGUUGGUGUUGAAGAUUCUAAUAUCGCUGGCGAAAAUUUCGGACAAGGUGAGCGGAGAAAUGGCCAAAAACGAGGAGCUGAAGGGCCUUCUGCUGAAAAUAUAUUGCGUUUACAACCAGCUGAGGCCACAGCAGGACACCGUCGACUGCCCCGAGGGGGACCGAAUGAAGAGCUUGAUAUCUGAGCUUUUCUUAGAACUGGGCUACAAGGUUGACGAGAACGUAACCCUGGUAUCCCCGAAGGCCAAGGACUCGGAGUCGAAGGAUGAAAGUUGGACCUGGGAGAAGAUGCUGCCCUUUUCAUCCAGUGAGGAGAACGGGCCAGCAGUGUCCCUGAAGGACUGCCUGAUUCCCAUAGAAGACCACACACACAAGGCUCGGGGGUCCUAUAGCUCGAAUUUAACCUGGAUUCCCUACUAUUACGCCCCAAUAGACUCGAAGCAAUCAAUCCUGAGGAAUUUGAGGAUUUACUUGGGGCAGUUAGGUGAAGUUGCGGGUCUGAGUGACUUGGAAAAGCUGACACUGAAGCAGUCCAAAGUGUCAUCGAAGAGCCCACAGCUGCUGGGUCUACUAGCUGUAAAUCAUAGGCCCAGUUCAGCUGAUUCCACACAUAGAGUCACUGACACAAAUGACAAGUCCGCGGUUGAAAUACUGUGUAACAUAAAUAUGGAGCCGUCAGACGAGUUAAACCUGAGCCUUCUAACCAAGAACCUCCUAAAUUUUAUGCGGACGAGCGUCGACUUUGGAGUUUUGAACGAUAUAUUUACUGAGCUGUGGGCGCUUUUGGCACUGAAGUCUCCCGAGGUUCUGAACGCCUUGCACUCUGACCUUGACCUGGAUCUGAUCUCGGACAUAUUAAACUACUCCUGCUUCGAUUUUGACCCCAACGGGCUUGCUAGAGAGAAUUAUAUGAACGACCACCUCGCAAAUAACUUGGCGAAUAACUUGAGGGUGAAGGUCGCAACUGACGAGAGGGCGUCGAACAUUUUCGAUAGGCUGACGCGGCUGAGGGACCUGGUCAAGGACCACUUUGAAAAUUCGCCAAAGGGCUCUAUCGCAAACAUGCUUUACAACUUUGUCAGCAAUAACAGCAGAGAUUCCAGCAAAAUCAGCGUAGACCUGGACGAGAUUAACACGAGAAUUGACCGCUGUAAAAGUGAAAGAGUAGAGGCGUUCAUGAAAAACAACGUUGAAAGCGCCAAAGUGCUGCAGAUGACACUGUUCGGCUUUCUGGUGGAGCUGAUCUACGUAGAUGGAAACAGGAUUUUUACGAAAAUAAGGGACCACGAGAGCCUGAUAAACUCAAUAAAGAAGGUGCAGAGGUCGACAAAGCAACCAGUAAAGAGGGAGGAAAUAGAUGAGGAGGAUUUGGAGAAUUACAGGCCACUGAUCGACAAACGACUAGAGCUCAAAACUGUGGCAACGACAGUGUUCAACCAGGAGAACCUGAACGCUGACCUGAGCGCGUUUGACAGCUACAAGAGGCUCACGCUUAACGGAAUUGACUUCUUGGACAUAAGACUCAACUCGUGGAAGAACCAGAAGAUGUGCCUGAAGGAGGACCUUGGCACCAUAUAUAACUCCAACAAGCUGCUGAACAUUUUGGGCUACCACGACGACAAACUGGGAAACAGGGGCGUGAGGAUCCUCUCGAUCGACGGAGGAGGCUCGAAGGGAGUGAUAGCGCUCGAGAUUUUAGAUGCGCUGAACAAACACCUUAAUCGGCCCCUCCACGAGUGCUUCGACAUCAUCUGCGGCACUUCAACCGGAGGGCUUCUGGCUUCUCUGAUAGCCCUGGAGAAGAUGCAGGUCUCCGAAAUCAAGAACCUCUACGACUCGCUCAUCAAGAGCAUUUUCGUGAGGGACGGCUACCACGUCACGGGGACGAGGCUGCUCAUGAAGCAGGCCAUCUACGACGACAACAUCUUCAAGGACAUCCUCAAGACCUCCCUGGAGGAAAUAGAGCUCAUAGACUACUCAGUAGAUCCCACCUGCCCCAAGUUUUUCUGCGUCUCCACCCAGAUGGACGUGACGCCGCUGAGGCCGAUUAUCUGGCGCAACUACAACUACCACAAGCACGUCUACUCGCUCAGCUCCAAGAGCAGCUACUCCCUCGACGACAUCGCGAAGCUGAUCAGGCUGAACGGCGGGAGCUGCACCAUAAGGCUGCGGGACGCCAUCAAGGCCACCACCGCCGCCCUCGGCUACUUCCCCCUCUUCGAGCGCAACGGCCACAUGUACGGCGACGGCGCCCUCUAUUGCAACAACCCCGCCGUCGUGGCGCUGCUGGAGGCGAAGCUGCUGUACCCAGACCGCCCAAUCUCCCUUCUGGUCAGCGUCGGCAACGGCGUGUGCAAGUUGGGCAACGGCUCCGCCGGCCUGAAGCAGCCCAACGGCGACUCCGGCGUUGAACACGACACGAGGCUCGUCGGUCAGAGCGAGUACAUCAGCAGUCUGCUCCGUCUUCACGAGAACUGCAUGGACCACGGCAAUCAGCACGGCGCUGCGGCCAAGAAGGAGAACAAGCUUCUGAGCCUCGAGCAGGUCAUCACUCACAUUACUUACGCCGCCACCACCUCCGAGAUGACGCACUCCGCUCUCGAGUUCACUAUGCCCGAAAACGUCUACUUCCGGUUUUCGCCCGUGAUUCCCACUGUGAAGAUCGACGAAACCAGCCCUGAGGUUCUCAAGACUCUCAAGGCUCAGACUCGGCAGUACUUGGGUCAGGACGACAUUCAGGAGCGUCUGGGCCUGAUUAGGCGUCUGAUAGAAGCAUCCCCGGGUCAAGCUCAAGGCUAG